AUGUCGUUGAUCAUUGCCACUUUCGCAGCGCUUACUCUGUGCUUCGCCCCUGCUCCGGGUGCAGCGGCGAUCUCCGCGCGGCGUCCGCUGCAGGGCAACGACACGCUGGCCUCGGCGCAGGGCAAGUUCGAGCUCGGCCUGUUCAGCCCCGCUGGCAGCUCCGACGGCAGAUUCUACCUCGGGGUCUGGUACAAGAACAUCCCCGGCCAGACCGUCGUCUGGGUCGGCAACCGCGCGACUCCAUUGUCUGGCGUCGCCUCGGCCGAGCUCCGGGUCUCUGUCGACGAUGGUAACCUCGAGCUCGUCGGUCCCACCUUUGCCUCCGGCUCGCCGGUCAUCGUGUGGUCAUCGAACCUGUCUUCGUCGUCGUCACCGGGCUCGAACAACACGGCGGAGAUCCGCGACAACGGCAACCUGGUCCUUCUGGACGGCAGCAACUCCUCCAACGUGCUGUGGCAGAGCUUCGACCACCCCACGGACACGCUGGUUCCCGACGCGUGGCUCGGGGAGAACAAGCUCACCGGCGAGUACCAGGUGCUGACGUCGUGGCGGAACGCCCAAGACCCUGCGCCGGGAAUGUUCACCGACACGGUGGACCCCAAUGGGACCAGCGAGUUCUUCUACAUGUGGAACCUGUCCCGCACGUACUGGCGCAGCGGCGUCUGGACGGGGCGCUUCUUCGCGACCAUGCCGGAGGCGACGAGGAACGUCCUCUUCAACCAGACGUACGUCGAGACGCCGGCGUACCGGCGCGUCAGCAACGCGCUCUACAACAGCACAACCAUCACGCGCAUGGUGCUCGAACUAACCGGCCAGACAAAGCAGUACAUCUGGGUGCCCGCGACCCAGAACUGGCAACUUUUCUGGGCCGCGCCCACCGUGCAGUGCGACGUGUACGCGCUCUGCGGGACGUUCGGGGUCUGCGACCUGAGUAGCCAGCCGUCGUGCAGGUGCCCACCCGGGUUCGCUCCGGCGUUGGAGGGGGACUGGACAGUCAGCGACUGGAGCGGUGGGUGCCGCCGGAGCGCGCCGCUCUGGUGCCCAUACAACGGCUCGACGACGGACGGGUUCGUGGUGCUACCGAACGUGAAGCUCCCCGACGACUCGCUCGCCGUGGGCGCUGUCCAGAGCAAAGCAGAGUGCGAGUCUGCCUGCCAAAAGAGCUGCUCUUGCGAGGCCUAUACCUUCUCCACCGGGAGGUGCGCCGUCUGGCACGGAGAGCUCCGCAACCUUCAGCAGCUCUACGCGGACUCCGGCGUAUCCCGAUCGGACGUUUAUCUCCGGCUCUCGGCAAUAGGAUUGCGAGACCUCCACAACACGGUCAGUAAAGGCGGGAAAUUGUCAUGGCUUGUUCUUGUCAUGACAUUAGUAGGUGUUGCCGCACUGGGUGCGUCGGUAAUACUAGCCUGGAGGAUUCUCCUAGCCCGGAGGAGGCGCAUGGCAAACCAGAAGGGGUCGUCCUUGACCGUGUACAGCUAG